CGGCGCGUGCGUGGUUCGUCUUCCCCUGCACUGCCCGCUCCCCCAAACUUCCCCAGCAUUUCGCAUUCGGAUUUCCCCCCCUCGACUCCACCCCGAACCCCAACCGCCUCCGCAGCCCUCCGUCCCAUGGCGUCCCCCUCCUUCGCCGCUGCGGCCACCAGCCCCGCCUCCUCCCCACUAACCCUAGACGCCAUCCCCCUCGCCUCCCGCCCCGCACCCGGAGCCGCCGCCGCCCAGCGCAAGCGGUCGGUCUUCCUCCUCAACCACCGUCCGCACCCGGUCUCCCCUACGCCCCCGCUCCAACCAACCGCCGCCGCGUCCGCUCAGCACGCACGCCGAAAAAAGACCUCUCACCCGCCCCGGCCGCGGUGGCAGACCGUGCUCAGCAUCGCCGCCAAGAACGCGGCUCUCCUCGCCGCGCUGCUCUAUCUCGGGGACCUCGCCUGGCGCUGGUCCCACCCGCCCCCGCCCUCGCCGCCGCCCGACCGCGCCGCGCUCGAGGGCUACGCCGCCCGCGUCGACGAGGUGGAGGCCUCCCUCACCCGCACCUUCCGGAUGAUCCAGGUGCAACUCGAGGCCGUAGAUCGCAAGAUCGACGGCGAGGUCGGCGCCGCCAGGGGCGACCUUCUCGCUCUGCUGGAGGAUAAGCGGCUCGCGCUCGAGCGCCAACUCACCCGGCUUGACGCGAGGGCCGGUGAGCUCGGCGACGCGCUGGCCGGGCUCAAGCGGAUGGAGUUCCUCCGGAAGGACGAGUUUGAGAAGUUCUGGGACGAGGUGAAGGGGAGCCUUGGCUCGAGUUCGGAGAGCGAGGUUGAUCUGGACCAGGUUCGUGCCUUAGCCAGGGAGAUCGUCAUGAGGGAGAUUGAGAAACAUGCCGCAGAUGGGAUCGGCAGGGUUGACUACGCCGUUGCCUCAGGCGGGGGAAGGGUUGUCCGGCAUUCGGAGGCCUAUGUGCCUAAACGUGGUUUCAUGGUUUGGAUGUCUGGAGUUGACGUGGGGCCUAAGCCAGAGAAGAUGCUUCAACCGAGCUUUGGGGAACCUGGACAGUGCUUUGCUUUGCAGGGUAGCAAUGGGUUUGUUGAGGUCAAGCUCAAGUCAGGGAUAAUUCCUGAGGCAGUAACGCUUGAGCAUGUGUCCAAGGAUGUGGCGUAUGACAGGUCUACAGCUCCAAAAGGCUGUCGGGUGUAUGGAUGGUACGAGGAGACGCCCGGUGAGACCCAAUCUGGUCAUGCUGCAAAGAUGGCUUUGGCAGAGUUCGCCUACGACUUGGAGAAGAACAAUGUGCAGACAUUUGACGUGACAGCCCCAGAUGUAGGCGUGAUCAAUAUGGUCCGGCUGGAUUUCACUUCGAAUCACGGAAGCUCGCAGCUGACGUGCAUCUACCGCCUCCGGGUCCAUGGCCAUGAACCGGUCUCUCCAGGAUCCUCCGCAGGUUCUCAGGCCUGAUGAGUUGUGGAAAGCCUUGUGUUUCUAUUUGAUACGUGAUUCACACUUGACACAACUGUAAAUGUAACGAUCGUUUGCUGGUAGCCUGGUGUCUUCCUAGAUCCUAGUCCAGUAACAUGUGGUAGGUGGCUAGUGUAUUCUAUGAACACAUGGGAUUUCAGCAUUCAGCAGUUGUUUGUUGCGUAAUUGUUUGUUUGAACCUUUGUCAAGGAUUGUGUGCUGUUGUCUUUGGUUCAAGCAGAACUUCCAUUGGUAUCC